AUGGAGAACCCAGCUCCCCGCCCCGUUGCCGUUCUCGGUGCCGGCGUUCUAGGCCGUCGCAUCGCCGCCGUCUUCCUCGCUGCCCAGUACCCCGUGCACAUCUACGACCCGAGCGCAGACUCGUUGGCCGCCGCGACGGAGUAUAUCAAUGCUCAUAUCUCUGAGUUCAAGGCACUAUUUCCGUUGAAAGAUACCGAUGCGCAUACACAUGAGGAUACGAAUGGGGCUACCAACGGGAUGGUCAAUGGGACUGUCAAUGGAACGGCCAAUGGAACGGCCAAUGGAACAGCCAAUAUCAAUGGGAAGGUCAAUGGGACUGUCAAUAGAAAUGGCGUGAAGCAUGCCCUGAAGCCAGGCCAGCACGACACCUUCAUCGACCUCCCAGCUGCGGUGGCAAACGCAUGGCUGGUUAUUGAAGCGGUUCCUGAGGUUUUGGAUCUGAAGACGAAGAUCUUCGGGGAGGUGGAUGCGUACACCGCGCCAGACUGUAUUAUUGUGUCGAAUAGCAGUUCCUAUAAGUCGCGGCUGAUGCUGGGGGAGGUGAGCGACGAGCGCAGGAAAAGGGUCGCGAAUAUGCAUUUCACGAUGCCGCCGGGUGUACGCACGGUGGAGUUGAUGACAUGUGGAGAGACUGAGAUGGGGAUUCUGGAAAUGCUGAAGGAGGUGUUGAAUGGGUGCGGUUUGUUGCCGGUGAUUGUGAGAAGGGAAUGUACUGGAUUCGUCUUCAAUCGGCUCUGGGCGGCCAUCAAACGCGAAAUCAUUACCAUUCUCGCCGACCAGGUCAGCACUCCCGCCGAGAUCGACAUGCUCUGGGACAACAUGUUCCGACUUCCUGGGAGUCAGCUGCCGUGUCGAUUGAUGGAUCAAAUUGGUUUGGAUACGGUGGCCUUCAUCGAGGACAACUACAUCCAGGAGCGCGGGCUGGAUAGUCGGCCUGUAGAGUGGUUGAGGGAGAAGUAUAUCGAUUCGGGACGGUUGGGAUUGAAGAGUUCCGAGGGAGGGCUUUAUCCCCUGACUCCUUCUGCCAAGACAGAGAAGAAACCGAACGGGGUGAAGCCAAAUGGGAUGAAAGCAAAUGGCGUGAAAGCAAACGGCGUGAACAUAAAUGGUUCGAAAGCGAAUGGGGCCACAGACAAUAGCAUCCGAACCGGCGGAGUCGACCCAGAAACCGUAUACGUCCUCGAUGUCGGCCUCGGCGCCAAUACUGAGCUCUCCACCUUCACCUCGGCAGGAAAAAUCCUGCGAUACUCACCUGUCACGGGAAAGAGGGUCCCGAUUAUUCAGGGUCAAUCCUUGCCCGAUGGGAUCGACAUCUCGCGGAAGGCGGACCGAAUCUUCUGGACGAGUAUGGGCCGCGCAACACACACCUGCGACGGAGCGGUGUACUCGGCCAAGCUGGACGGGACAGACAUCAGGACCCUGCUCCCGCCCGGGAGCGUGCACACGCCCAAGCAGCUGGUGGUCGAGGAUACGACGGAGAUGCUGUACUUCUGCGAUCGCGAAGGCAUGAGCGUGCACCGGAUGGGCUUUGACGGGACCGCCCACGAGACCCUGGUUCAGACGGGGCCCACGAAACAACAGAGCCCCAGCGAACCAUUUGAUAUGACCCGCUGGUGCGUUGGAAUUGCCGUCGAUAUCACUCGCGGAUACAUAUACUGGACGCAAAAGGGUCCCAGUAAAGGAGGCCAGGGGCGGAUCUUCCGAGCGGGAGUGGAGAUUCCCGCGGGCCAGACGGCGGAAUCACGUUCCGACAUCGAGUUAUUGCUGUCGGGUCUGCCCGAUCCGAUUGAUUUGGAAUUGGAUGUGCGCACGCAGACCCUAUACUGGACGGAUCGCGGUGAGCAUCCUUUCGGGUGUUCUUUGAAUCGGGUGGAUGUGAGUGGGGAGGUUGCUCAGGCAGAUCGCAUCAUUGUGGCGAGACACUUCAACGAACCCAUCGGAUUGAAACUGGCAGGUCCAGGUCGAGUGUACGUGGCAGAUCUCGGGGGGCGAUUUUAUUGCGUGGAGCAGGGAAAGAAGACGACGAUAUGGGAGGACGAGGGGAGUUAUACGGGGAUAGCGAUCUGUUGA